CUUCCCUUUUAAUGUGUUCCUAAGGUGGACAGCAGAUUCCGUGUUUAUCAGAACGUUUUCCACCACUUCAUCCAGGGCACGCGCAUCUUCGGUGGGACUUGGGAUUCGUGAAUUGCCUUUGUGAAAAGCAGGAAUAAUUUCUUUAAAUUCCUUCUCUUAGUUUUCCUUUUUGUUGUGUUUCAGAACGACAUCAAGAAACCAUGAACAGCUUUAGUAAUGAAGAGUUCGACUGCCAUUUCCUGGAUGAAGGCUUUACUGCCAAGGACAUUCUGGACCAAAAAAUUAAUGAAGUUUCUUCUUCUGAUGAUAAGGAUGCCUUCUAUGUUGCGGACCUGGGAGACAUUCUAAAGAAACAUCUGAGAUGGUUAAAAGCUCUUCCUCGGGUCACCCCCUUUUACGCAGUUAAAUGCAAUGAUAGCAGAACCAUAGUGAAGACUCUAGCUGCCAUUGGGACAGGAUUUGACUGUGCCAGCAAGACUGAAAUACAGUUGGUGCAGAGUCUCGGGGUGCCUCCAGAGAAGAUUAUUUAUGCAAACCCUUGUAAACAAGUGUCUCAGAUUAAGUACGCUGCCAAUAAUGGAGUCCAGAUGAUGACUUUUGAUAGUGAAGUCGAGUUGAUGAAAGUUGCCAGGGCACAUCCAAAGGCCAAGUUGGUUUUACGGAUCGCCACUGAUGAUUCCAAAGCAGUCUGUCGCCUCAGUGUCAAAUUUGGUGCUACACUGAAAACCAGCAGGCUUCUUCUGGAAAGGGCAAAGGAGCUAGACAUUGAUGUCAUCGGUGUCAGCUUCCACGUGGGGAGUGGCUGUACUGAUCCUGAGACCUUCGUGCAGGCCAUCUCUGAUGCCCGCUGUGUCUUUGACAUGGGGGCCGAGGUUGGUUUCAACAUGUAUCUGCUUGAUAUUGGCGGUGGCUUUCCUGGAUCUGAGGAUGUAAAGCUUAAAUUUGAAGAGAUCACCAGUGUAAUCAACCCAGCGCUGGACAAGUAUUUUCCAUCAGACUCGGGAGUGAGAAUCAUAGCUGAGCCAGGAAGAUACUAUGUUGCAUCAGCUUUCACGCUCGCAGUUAAUAUUAUUGCCAAAAAGCUCGUAUUAAAGGAGCAGACAGGCUCUGAUGAUGAAGACGAGUCGAGUGAACAGACGUUCAUGUAUUACGUAAACGACGGAGUAUAUGGAUCGUUCAACUGCAUCCUUUACGAUCACGCACAUGUGAAGCCCCUUCUGCAGAAGAGGCCCAAACCAGAUGAGAAGUAUUACUCGUCCAGCAUCUGGGGGCCAACCUGCGAUGGCCUGGAUCGCAUUGUUGAGCGCUGUAACUUGCCCGAGAUGCAUGUGGGCGACUGGAUGCUCUUUGAGAACAUGGGUGCUUACACUGUCGCUGCUGCUUCCACUUUCAACGGGUUCCAGAGGCCGACCAUCUACUAUGUGAUGUCAGGGCCAACAUGGCAACUGAUGCAGCAAAUCCAGAACCGUGACUUCCCGCCCGAAGUAGAGGAGCAGGAUGUUAGCACUCUGCCUGUGUCCUGUGCUUGGGAGAGUGGAAUGAAGCGUCACCCAGCAGCCUGUGCUUCAGCUAGUAUUAAUGUGUAGAUACCAGCCCUGUAGCUGUAAACUGCGAGUUUAGCUUGAAUUAAGGGAUUUGGGGGGACCAUUUAACAUAACUACUGCUAGUUUUGAGAUGUCUGUGUGAGUAGGGUGGCGCAGGUGCACCCACAUGGAAGACUAGGAGAUGGGGUCACACUUAUCUGUGUUCCUAUGGAAACUAUUUGAAUAUUUGUUUUAUAUGGAUUUUUAUUCACUUUUCAAACAAUGCUACUAAAGCGUGCCCCUUAACUGCUGAGCAAGCGUUUGUAGCUUGUACAUUGGCAGAAUGGGCCAGAAGCUCAGUGUUGUGACCUGUUUUAAAAAAAUAAAGUAUCUUGAAAUAAUAAG